AUCACACGAAAAGUUCUUACAUCUUCCACGUUAUCAUCUGUUUUUGUAUUUAAUCCUCUCCUUGCAUGCUUGGCCCGUACGUAAAGUUUUAUACUCUCCUAAGAAAAUUAAAUUGAAAUAAUAAUAUUCCAUUAAAGUUGUCUCAAAAGGGCUUCAGCGUGUUGGCUUCGGCCCCAUGUUCCCCUUCCAAACCCGGGUUACUUAUAGGCUUACUGAUAUCGAUUUUAAUAUUUUUGGACGGAAAUAAAUGCUGCAAAAUUUAAAAAAAAUGGGUCCUAAAAAAAUUCAAAAUCAAAUCAAAUUUUUUGUGCCCAUUUGAAGCGCCAAUAUCGUCUAAGCGAGUGUCCACAGAACUAAUUUUGACGUAUAAUUUCAAAUGGCUGUGAGAGACGUGUUUGUUCAUUGGUUCACUGUAAAAUAAUUUUAGUACCACGAACACUCGCUACGUCUAACAGCGCCAAAAUGGCGAUUAUCAAACGGGCACAAAAGCACGUUGACAACAGCCUGUCCAGUGGUAAAUAUAGAGGUCAGUGCAUGGAUAUUAUGAUCUUUUUUUCGUUGACAAUAUAGUUUUUUUUUAUGAAAAGAAAACAACCUAACCGUGUUUUGUUUUACGAAACAUUCGAUUUUAGCUGUCGGUUGAGUUGAAAAUAAUUUAUUAUAAAUCUAACGAAGAUAGUGAUUCUGAAAAAAAAUGGGGCUGGGGAAAGCGAAGAAGCCACCGCCUCCUCCUCCUCCUAGUACACUUGGGAGCUUAAUCCCGAACCCAUUUAGUCGGUCUAAGGAGCCCCCAAAAACACCAGUCCCAGGUUUCGGGUUCAGAAUCAAAAAUAUAUUUAAGAAUAACUUCAGGGGCAUUAUUGGUUCAUUAGUACCACUAUGUCUUCUGUCGUGGCAAAGCGAGCGAGAUAAUCAUGCCUUAACCGUGCAGCUGACGUGGCUGUUAAUGUUUUGGUUCUUCCUUGUGCAACCCGUUGCGGUUCCUGCAACUGGUCUGAUUACAGUAUUCCUAUUGCCAAUGGCUGGUGUCAUAUCAAGCAUUCAAGCAUGCAACUGUUACAUGAAUGAAAAUAUAAUUCUUUUUCUACUAUCUUCAAUGCUUAUCUUAUUGCUGAAUAAUUCCGGCGUGGAUAGACGUAUAGCAAUAUGGUUUAUAUGUUCUGGGGAUGCAUGCCAAUAUUCUGCCAAAAGGAUAAUAUUCAAGUUCAGUUCAGCGGCGUUCUUUCUGUCGAUGUUAAGCAAUCGGCUCAUAAUUUGUUCCACCCUUACACAGAUAUCUACGUCCGUGCUAACCAAAUUAGAUGCGUCAACAUUAAAAUCAGACGAGAUACCAAAUUUUGUUACCAUGCGAUAUAUUGUUAAUAAUGCAAUCCAAGUUUCAGCAGGGAUUGGUAGCACUGCAAUUAUGCACUCUGCGUCUGUAACUAUGCUCUUUCGGGCAAUUUUUGUGGAAUUUGCACCCAAAGGCCAGGAAUACCCGGAUAUAUUCAAUUAUCUUCAAUAUUCGGCUUUUGCUUUCCCUGUCGCAUUUUUAAUGUUCAUCUUUUGCCUUAUUUACCACAUGCUACUAUCAAAUUCGGCCCUGAAAGUACCUAUGCCAUCUGGCAAAAUGGAAGAGUUGCGGGCUGGCUUUCUGAGGUUUCAAGAAGAGUUGCCGUCUAAACAUAGUCUACAUGAAAAGCUCAGCGUAAUUUUUCUCAUAGUUACUCUAUGUAUGUUUUUCUUCCGCUGGUGUAAAUGGAUCGAGGGAUGGGCAGACUUCUCGGCUACCGAGGGUGCUCCACAAUUGCCAAGAGUUAAAGAUGCUACAGUUGCAGCUAUAUUUGUUAUAUUUCUCCACACUCUGCCUAAAAGCUAUAGUUUUCUGAAGUUCCUUAAUAUUGAGAGAAAAAGUGAAUUACCGCCUUUAAAACCUGAGUCAGCCGUAUUGUGGUGGAGAUUUGUUGAUAGAAACGUAAACUAUGCAUAUUACUUUGUAUUUGGUAGUGCAUUGUCGAUAACUAUUGCCGCCGAGAAGACUGGCCUGCAUCGAAUUAUUGGCGAAAAUCUUGGAAAAAUUAUAACAGGAAAAUCUUGGAAUGUGGGCCUUUUUCUCACUCUCUUCCUUAUAACAUUCCUGGCAAAUAUAAUGUCUGCGGUCCCAGCUUGUACAGUAUUUCUUCCGUUUGUAUUAUGUGCAUCAGUGGAUGCUGCUCAACCUUGGCCAGGCAAAGUUUACGUUGCAGCAUUAGGCGUCGGCAUAGCAUCGUCUUUCGGAUUCAGCUGUCCUUUCCUAUAUACUCCUGCUUACUUCUGUCAUUACACUGGGAAAGUACCAAUACUGAAAAUGGUUAAAUAUUCUUUCAUACCGGUGUGGAUAUGCCUCGUAACUUUGUUUGUUGCCCUUAUGAUAUGGGCACCGUUUGUAUUCGACUCUGAUGACGCCGGUGUCAUGGCCAUCCCGGUGCCGGGCGGCCCAGGUGAGACGACGACGGUGACCGAACCAGCACCAGCAGGUCUUUAAAAGUUCUGAUCCAAUUCGAGCUUAGAUGUUACGUGUUAUUUACUACAAGUUUCCACGGUUUCACAAUGGAACAUACCAUAUAUAUUUUUGUUAUGUAAAGUGAGAAAUAAAGCACUGUUAAGUUCAAUGU